AACGCCAUGGCAGACCAGGAGGACUAUAUUGGGUUUGAUUUCAGCUCCUCCGAGGAUGAGACUGCCAACGACCGCUACAACGAAGGCGAAGACGAGUACAACUCUGAAGCAUAUCUCUCCAAUGACGAAGGCUCGGCGCUACCAAAUGCACAGAGACCGCGAGUCAACGACUUGUAUCCGUGGGUGAAGAACCAUGACCACAGCGCGGAGCAAGAAAUCUCCGAUUGGCUUACGAUGGAGAUUAUGGACUUUAUUGCGUACAUCUCACCACUGGCUGCGGAGAUCAAAUCACGUAACGACGCCGUGAGACGUUUGCGCGACGCCAUCACGGGGUUAUGGCCCGACUGUGAGGUCCAGGUCUUUGGCUCCUACGCCACGGAUUUGUAUUUACCCGGUUCUGAUAUCGAUAUGGUGAUUACCUCCGCCUCCGGGAUGCAGUUUGACAACAGGCAGUGCUUGUUUCAGUUGUCAUCCUUUCUCAGGAACCAGCGCUUGGGGGUGCAGGUAGAGCCCAUUGCAAAGGCGAAGGUGCCAAUCAUCAAAUUCGUGGAGCCGAUCAGUAACAUCCACAUCGAUGUUUCGUUUGAGAGAACCAACGGGCUCACCGCGGCCACACAAAUUAGAAAGUGGUUGGACACAACACCUGGGCUUAGAGAGCUCGUGUUGGUUGUUAAGCAGUUUUUAUCCUCGCGCAAGUUGAACAACGUGCAUGUGGGAGGACUUGGCGGGUACUCCACCAUCUGUCUUGUUUAUGCGUACUUGAGAUUGCAUCCGCGACUCUCUACUCAGCAUAUUGACCCCUUGCAAAACUUGGGGUGUUUGCUCAUCGAGUUCUUUGAGCUCUAUGGUAACAACUUUGGCUACGAUAACUUGAUUGUGGCGGUGGACGACAUGCAGGGCCCACGCUACUUGAAUAGAAGAUACCACCCGGAUUUAGCUGCCGGCAGAAACCCCUUCUCCCUUGUAAUUCAAGACCCGUCGGAUCCGUCGAACAACAUUUCACGUGGGUCCUUCAACUUGCGUGACUUGAAAAAGUCUUUCACCGGGGCAUAUGAGUUGUUAUGCAGCCGCUGUUACGAGUUAAAGGGUGCAUCGUACAAGGAGCGGUUGGGCCAGUCCAUUCUAGGGAAUGUCAUCAAGUACAGGGGCACCCAGCGUGACUUCAACGACGAUAGACACAUCGUUGUGAAUGAGGCCAUAGACAACCAGGCCCCAGAGAAGAAGAGCAUUGUCACCGGAAAGAAGUUUUCCCGGAAAAUGACCCAGCAGGAGGAGAUUUACUUUUCCGAUAUGACGAUAUCCAGCGACGAGGGGAAGUAUGCUUCGGAU